AGAAAAAAAGGAGAAAAAAAGAAGAUCAUCAGUCCUGGUUCCAGCGUCGGUCCAGCUGACGGGAUGUUCAGGGUCCUGGGGAUACCGUCUGGGCUUGGUGGAGAUACCUUUUUAUGGACAGGUUUCCCCACCCUGGAGACAGGUUCCUCGCUUUCUAUGGGAACUAGUCAUUAUGUGCAGCCUGUUCUUUUAGAUCUUUCUGGAAAUGAGUCAGGGGGCUUCAGGGCUCUUGGGUGGUCUUGAUCCCUCCCUACAGUCCAUGCCCAUUUCUUGGCCUCUUUUCCAUGCUUGUGCUGUGCUGUGCUGUGCUGUGUGUAUCUCCAGGAAAUAGAACAAGGAACAGUGCUGCCUCCGCAUGUCCCCUUUCUCUAGUCACGUCUUGUUCUUUCCCACAGCGUGUUCUUACCGACAGUCCUUGUCUGUUACUACCACUAGUCCUUGGCUGGCUCCACAGCCAUCCAGCUGUCGGUGUUUGUCCCAGCCCUUUCUGGGAUGCUACAGUUGGGGUACACGGGAGCGCUUUGGCCCAGACGUUCUCAGAUGUGAGCAAACAAGGCUGAAAAUUUUGUUCCUCUGCCAUGAGGAGGUGAUGUGAUACCUGUGGUGUUUUCACUCACUGUGCGGGUGUUGUUAUUGCAGGUGGGUUUGAGUGUUGAUGGUUUCAUAGAGCUCUGCUUCAGCAAAGUAAUUCUCACCUGGUACUUCGUAAUGUGGGAGAGUCUGGGUUAGUCUGGAGUGGAGGCAAAGUGCCUCUGAAGUUUCCUAUGCUGUACUGUGCUCUAGAGGGAAGGGUGAUGGGACUUUAUCCCAGUCCUUCAUUCUAGUCAUUCAAUUAGUUCAUGGAACAGUGAAUUCCCAUUGGAAAAGAGAAUUGAGAAAAAUACAUGGAUCACUGCUUAAAGCCCCAGGUGGUGAAGUUUUCACAUUUUUAAGAUGGCAUAGAAGUCAUACUUACCUUACUUCAUUGUGUUGUCACUACAAUAUUUUUACUUUUUUAAAAUACAGUUUUAAAAAUUACAGUUCUCUAAGUAAUUUAUUCAUUGUUACUACAGUCUAGGACUUUGUUUUUUUUCAACAGGAGAGUCUUUCUAUGUAUUUAGUGGCAAGCUGUGUAGUCUUAAGAAGCUAGCUCUGAAACUCAUUAUCACAGCCAUUCUCCCUUUCAAAUGCUAGCAGGGAAUUCCUAGUGAAUUUUGUCCAGUCUUUGGACCCUCUUACCUGUCUGGGAUAAAAGUUGCAUGUGGGGUUAGCAUGGCUUGCCUUGUAGCCCUUAGUAUUGUCACAUUUUUAGUAAGGUCCAGAGACUGAUAUAGGUCUUCAGAGGACUAGAAUCUGGAUUACUGAUGAAAUUUAUUCUUUAACCAGGCCUUUCAGUGGAGAAUGCAGUGACUUUUAGGCAUAUCUACAUUGUAAACUGUUAGCAUACAGAAGCUAUUUUAGAGUUUGUCUGGAUGGUGUUAUGUAGGUAAUGGAAGCAAGAACAGCAUACAUAAUGCAUUCACAGUUAAGGAAUUCAGGAGGAGGUAAGUUGUGUAUAAACAAGUUCUAAAAUUUUGCCAGAGAGAAACAGCAAAACCAACCGUAGUGCUGUGUGUCUGUUCCUCUGACACCCUACAGGGUAAUGAGGCCUUCCUGCCGUGGUGGAACAGAGCAGUACGAGGAGAAGCAAAGUCCAACAGCAGCAUCCAUCUCUUGGGGCUGAAGGAGCUCUGUUCAAUAUCCUACCCUGAAUCUUUGUUGUGAGUUGUCUGGGAUGUUAGCUGAAGUCACUUGUUCAUGGUCACUUUUAUUCUCGUAAUUGUUUUACAAAAGUGUUUGGAGCGAUGGAAGAGCAGCAGUGGAAGCAUGAAAAGUCUGUUCUCAAAGAUAACAGCAAGAGGUCAUUGUUAAUACAUACGCAAGAAGAUUGAUUUGAAUACCUUAUGGUGAUGCUUCUAUUAGUGAAUCUGUUUGCUCUGGUACAGUUUCCUAUGAAAAACUCUGCAGUCAUAGCUUUGUAUACAAAUCAAAAAAGUUGCUGUAAAAUAAAUUACACAAAUUGACAUAAAAAUUGUGUCAGUAUGGGGAACAGCAUCUAGCUGAAAUUACUUUUAAUUCACUGUUGGAAGGCAAAUUAAAUUUAAUAGGAAGGUAAGAUUGGAAGGAAAACAUUGGAUUAUGAAAUCAAAUUGGUUGCAGAAAACUUAUAAUGUAAUCCCACUUCAGAAUGUUUCUGGCUCCAUAUAGAGUAAAUUAGGUGGUUUGCUCUGAAGCCUUAUUCUAUCUUCUGUACCAAAUAAUCAUUUAUUUCAAGCCAAGAAUUUUUAUUUGAGGGAUAAUUUAAUUUCAGAAAUAUUUUUGUAUACUUGGUUAGUAUACUUGUGUAUCCUACUUCUUAGUAGCAUACAGCGCUAAAAAAAAAAGAAUCAAACCUUAAAAUGAAAUUUCUAGUUAAGCAACUUAUACUUGUGUGUUUAUUUAAAUGUAAGUACAUAAUUCCUAUUUUGCUGCUCUAUGACUAAGCAUGGAUUAGUUACAAAAUGCCAUCCAACCCAUGUCAACAAAUUAUUAUUUUCUCUGUGCUUUUUAUUCUAUUACAUUGCAGGUUUCCAAGGCAAAAGACUGUAGAGCUCUUGCUGUGUGUCUGAAAGCUAAGUUAUGAGGAGAGCAAAAUAUUUUUCAUUUGAUCAAGAUGGAUGUUUUCACUGGUGGUAGAAGAACCAGUGUAUAAAAUCCAAAUUCUGUGCAAGCAGAUAUGUUGUAACGUUCCUACAGGUGACUCUUGCAGCCCAUAGUCAGAUGUACUAGAGUUGUGCUGAAAUUUGAAAGUGAUGCAUUUGAAAUGCUUUUGUUUAUAAGGUUUUUUUCCCUCUUCAUAGAAGGAGAAGCCAUAGUGCUAAGAACUACAUGAGAACUAACCAUAUUUUUUAGGUAUGGUUAAGCUAGCAGAGCACUGUGGAUUAGAAAUUUGCAAAAAUAAUAUCUCAUUCUUCCCUGUUUCUUCUGCUAAAAAGUUAGGGCCACUGGAGAAUUAAGUAUUGAAGGAAUUAAGUUUUCUUUAUCUAAGAGGGUUUAUUACUGAAAACCGAACUACACAGUAAAAUUAAAACACUGAGAUCAGCAGAAUAGCGUGGGAUUGAUGACUAACCUUUGGGAGCCGAUUCAUUGAAUAAAGAAAGGGACAGAUGUUACUUUAAUCUUUUAUUUCUUUAUUUUUCCCUCUUGGAUCUUAACAGAAUGCUUUCAUUUAAAACCCAUGUCUUGGAAGUUUCUUAAUGGCAUUUUUGGAGUGGUGGGAAGGUCAAUUCUGUCAUAAUUGAAAGUCAGUGUGUAUGUAUUUAUUUAUUUAUCCCUUAUGAGUCUGAAAUAAAAUGCAAUUUCAAGCAAUAGGAGACAAAAAAUGAUUGCGGUGGUAGUUGUAUUAGCAUGCAAUAAAUGAACUGCUGCCUUCCACAGUGGCAGUGAGUUGCUUUCAUUUAAUAUUGACGUGAAAGGAGUGCAUUUAAUUAAAGCUUUGGACUUUGCAUUUCAAAGCACCAGGCUAGCCUUGACUGAUUCUUUUAAAUACACAACUGAGUUAAGUGAGCGUGGAAAAGGAAACUGAGUCAAGCCGGACUUAAAGGACCUACUGGCCAGAACUAUGGUAGCUGUUGGACUUGGUGUUGCAACUGUUGCAUUUGCAGGUCGUUAUGCUUUCCACCUUUGGAAACCAUUGGAGCAGGCAAUUACAGAGACAGCAAAGAGGAUUUCGACUUCUAGUUUUUCAUCAUACUAUAAAGGAGGAUUUGAACAGAAAAUGAAUAGGCGAGAAGCUAGUCUUAUUUUAGGGGUAAGUCCAUCUGCUGGCAGGGACAAAAUCCGAAUAGCCCAUAGAAAAAUCAUGAUUUUGAAUCAUCCUGAUAAAGGUGGAUCGCCUUACUUAGCAACAAAAAUAAAUGAAGCAAAAGACUUGUUGGAAUCCAGUGCCAAAAACUGAAAUCCGAAGGCUUGGGUCAGAGGAGAUGCAGCAGAUACAUUGCAUAAUGGCUUUCAUGUCUACUUGCUCUGCACAGUUUCUUAUUCAUAUUUAUUGUCAUAAUUAAAAUUUUAAGAUGAUCUAAAGCAAACUGAUAUCUUUUACAGUUAUGUAAAGUUAUGUACAGCUAUGCUCCUGCAAGGAGCACAGAGUUGGACUCAUGAUCCCUUACAAACUUUGAAAAAGUUCUCUUACUGUCUGGGGGGUUUUUUUGCAGAAGUAGUUGCUUCUUUCAUUAAAUUUUGGAUCUUUUAAAAUAAAAUUCAAAAAUUAGUCUUAAAUGUAGGGUUCUUCAUUAAUGAAGAAACAACUCUAUAUUUAGGGUUGCCAGAGAAAAUCUGUGACAGUGUGAUGAUUCACAGGAAAUAUGGCAGAUGCUGUACAAGUUUCCAGCACCACCGUACCCUUGAGUCUGUUCAUUUGUGAAGUAGUAGGGUUUGUUCAUGAGCGUGGUUUGAAAGCUGCAACUCCAGAAAAAAGGACUAAUGGGACUACAGACUGCAGUUUUCAUUAACUGUAUAUAUGGGGCUUGGAACUAUGAAGGAGAAGAUUCUUGGUUUUAGUUAGUUCUUUUGCAUAUUAAAGGAUCUCUGAGAUUGUCAAAUAGUCAUUUAGACAUGCUUCAAGUCAUAGAGUGUGUUUACUCUGUAGCAGUUGGGAUAGUGCAGGGGUUUUCAUAACAGUGGACCUGAAGAAGGUAGGUCCAUGUGGCGUGGAGUUGAGAUGGAUUUUAUUGGCUGCAGUUGUUCAGAUCCUACACCAGUCAUGUGAGUCUGGUGUAGGACUGACUCAGCAGGGAACAAACAGGAGGGGACCUGUUUUGCAUAUGGCUCUGGGUGCACUUCCUGGCUUAGUUCUCCAGUAAUGCUCACAUCUCUGCAUUAUGCUUCAUAUCCCAAAGUAUAUGUACAUACUUCCAUACAUCCUAGCAACCUAGGACUGGCUUUGGGGAGUGCUGAAGUCAUGGAUCUCAGACUUUAAAGAGGACAAGUUUCAGCUGACAGCUGGGAGUAGGUGCAGUUUGGGGCACUUGGCUACUACAGAUUCCUAGCGGAAAAUUGUCUGCAGAUGAAUUAACUCUCCUAAGAGGAUGAUGAUGAGAUGAGACAGUAUAGUGGAUUCAGUGCAAGACUGAAAAACUUCCUGCUGUCCGUUCAGGCUCUAUCGUUUGAGGUACAACAAACAACUUGAAAUGCUACAAAUAUAAAAUUUAGAUAUUCCAUUUUCUAGGUUAUUUAGCCAGAGGUGAGUGGCUAAGAGCAGUUAAUAUGAGGUUGAAUGCUUUAAUUAUUUAUCCACCAGAACAUGCAUUUGUAGUUCAUCUGUGGUGGCUGUCCAGAUUAUAUGGAUUUUUCCUUGAAAGGAAGAAAGAAUAUGAAUUAUUUUUUACCAGGUUCCUGAGACUUUGUCACAAUUCCCUUACUUUCAUUAAAGGGAGAUGAAAAAAAUUUUAGUUGAUCCUAAAAGGAAAUACUAAUUUUACAUAGUUUAGAGACUUCAUUGCAAUUAGAGUGGCAAGACACAUGACACAAUUUGACUGGAUAAAGCAAAAAGGACUGUUGGGAAAAACCUGCCUGGGAAUAGCAUGUACUGUAUGAAUACUACACUUGCAUCAUUUAACUAAUGCUGUAAUACAAGAAGCUUUAAAGAAAAUAGUUUAUUCCUAUGCAGUAGGUUUAAUUGGUUCUUGUUAAAGGAGUGGCCAUCAAUGCACAUCAAAGGUUAGUCACUCAUUUCACUGGUAUAUCAGUCUGUAUUAGCAAAAAAUGAAAUCAUGACAGUUUUCAUUUUGGGAGAAGUGAGAUGGUGGGGGUCCUAAUUUUCUGAAGUGGAACGUGUAUAUGAUAUGAGUCAUUCUGCAAAAGCAAAAUUGAUGUGAAUGGUAGGUAGCAAAAUCAUUCUGUCUGAUGAUUUUGAACUGACUAGCUGUUGUUUUUGUAUGAUUGCCUUUUUGUUUCCUGAGUAAAAUGAAGUACUAUUCUAAAAUAUCAGUUGAAACAAAUGCAUUAAAGAUGGCUACUUGUUCUGUUCUUUAAAGUGAACUUCUCAUGUCUUUGUAAGAAGUAAAGGGUUUGGGUUUUUUGUGAGAUUCUGUUGCUGAUAACUUCCUUCCUGAUGUAAUUAUUUGUAUCUGAUUAUUUUGGAUGAAACACUUUUUUUCUGACUUUGUAAGGGAGAUUUUCCUUCUUAACAAAAAGAAAUAAAAACAAGUUCUAGUUCUGCUUUCUCCAUUA